CGUACAACGAACGUUUCUCAGUGUUUAUUAAACAAGAACAGUCGAAAUGCUCUUCACAUCGUUACUGGAAGCUGCCCAAAACUCUCCCUUCAAAACACCCUUUUCGACUGUAAGCUGUCAGACCAAUACUCGCAGUGAUGGACCACAGCUUACGCCAAACCACCAAAUAAUGGCUGCGGCUCCCAUUGAGGGUGAUUCAUGUGAGUUCGGCUCCAACACCUAUUUCGCACUCUGUGGCCUUGGUGGUAUCAUUUCUUGCGGUCUAACACACACCAUGGUGGUGCCUUUAGACUUGGUCAAAUGUCGCUUACAAGUCGAUCCUGUUAAGUAUAAGAGUGUGUUCAACGGUUUUGCCGUUACAUUGAAAGAGGAUGGCGUAAAAGGUCUUUCCAAGGGGUGGGCGCCAACUUUCUUCGGUUAUUCUAUGCAGGGUCUGUGCAAAUUCGGGCUCUAUGAAGUGUUUAAAGUUAUUUACUCAGAUGCUAUUGGUGAGGAGAAUUCCUACUUAUAUCGUACCUGGUUGUAUCUGGCAGCAUCCGCAUCGGCUGAGUUCUUUGCCGAUAUUGCUUUGUCUCCUAUGGAAGCAGCUAAAGUCAAAAUUCAAACUACUCCGGGAUUCGCUAAUACCUUGCGCGAAGCCCUCCCUAAGAUGUCAGCACAAGAGGGCAUUUCUGCUUUCUAUAAGGGUUUGGUGCCAUUGUGGAUGAGACAAAUUCCCUAUACAAUGAUGAAAUUCGCGUGCUUCGAAAGGACACUGGAAUUACUGUAUAAAUAUGUUGUGCCCAAACCCCGUCAAGAUUGUACGAAGGGCGAACAACUGGUAGUCACAUUCGCUGCGGGAUACAUCGCUGGUGUCUUCUGCGCCAUUGUAUCGCAUCCAGCCGAUACCGUUGUAUCGAAGCUGAAUCAAGCUAAAGGCGCUUCCGCAUUCGAUGUCGCCAAGCAACUGGGUUGGGCUGGCUUGUGGGGUGGUCUUGUACCUAGGAUUGUAAUGAUUGGUACUUUGACCGCUGCUCAGUGGUUCAUCUAUGAUGCUGUUAAGGUGUACCUGCAUAUGCCCAGACCACCACCACCAGAAAUGCCAGAGUCAUUGAAGCAAAAAUUGGGCGUGGCCUAAUUCGACAUGAUUAUGAAAUAUUUAAAUUUAGCAGUGAUAAUUGACUAACAAAGUUGUAUAUUAUAAAUUUACAGGAUCGAGAAAAAAUUGAUAAAAAUUUAACAGUUUCCGAUAUAAAGAAAUAGAAAAUUAUGUGUCAAUAAAAUUUAUGGAAUGUAAACGAUGUUUUUAAAUGAUCAA